UUUUUUCUUCUACUGCAGGCUUUUAAGGACUCUGGUAAGGCACCUGCUGACACUGAGGUUGCCAUCCAUCGCAUCCGCAUCACCCUCACCAGCCGCAACGUCAAAUCCCUGGAGAAAGUCUGUGCAGAUUUGAUCCGUGGUGCCAAGGACAAGAACCUGAAGGUUAAGGGACCAGUCCGCAUGCCAACCAAGACUCUGCGCAUCACCACUAGGAAGACUCCCUGCGGUGAGGGAUCCAAAACCUGGGAUCGAUUCCAGAUGAGGAUCCAUAAGCGGCUGAUAGACCUGCACAGUCCGUCUGAAAUUGUCAAGCAGAUCACCUCCAUCAGCAUUGAACCAGGCGUAGAAGUUGAAGUUACCAUUGCAGAUGCAUAAGCAGUGCUGUUUUUUAAUAAAAAGAUAAAAGGAAA